AUGGAAAAACAUAUAAAUCAAAAGAUUUUUGCAAACAACAAUUUAUCACAAAAUCAUGCUUUUGAUAAUGGUCAUUACAAUAAUAAUAUUAAUAGUAGUAACAUUAGUAAUGAAGAUAUUUAUAAUCUUUUAAGUAAACUUUUUAUUCAUGUAGAACAGUUGGAAGUCGAUGUUGAUCAAAAUCUUGCUCUUCCAGGUUCAAACUUCUAG